CUCCUAUCUCCUAUCUCCUGACUCUCCAUAAACUACGGCUGUGGCGGCCGCGAGCGCUCAAGGCAGACUUCACCGUACACGUCACCCGCGACGCCCCGUACAUACACACCAACCACACGGAACAAGACAUCACGCCGCCUGCAGCAACCCCAUACAAACACCCCCGGACUGGCCGCCGACUCCCUAAGGCACCUGCAGCCGCAUCAGACAGGCACACAGCAAUUGCAUAUGGGUUACAUACAAUCGCCAGCCCUCCCGAACACGCCCUCGCACCUACACGACCCCAUGAGCCAUGUCCGCUCCGCAUGAAUACCACCAGCCAAAUGCUCCAGACGAGGACUCAGACCUCGAACUCGACCUCGAAGAGCUAGACCCACUCGCCGGGCGCCCACGGUCGUCAGUAUCACCGCCGCGCCGCCAGUCGAAAGAGCAGCGCAGAGCGUACCAUGAGCUCGGCGCAAGGAUACCGCUCAGGAACCUGCGAGUAGGAAGAUUGCGAGGGAACAGGAGGAAGGAAGAGCCGGAAGAUGAAGACCUAAGAGGCCUGAUAGACGACGACGAGAGGGAGAAUCGCAACUCAGCCAGCAGCCGUGGGCAGUCUGGCGACGACGAUUCCCCGCUCCUGCCUGCCAGCACCAACCCCCGCCGACCGACGCAGCGCAAGCCCAGCGCAUUAUCCAAACUCAGCUCUGGUCUCCGCCUGCCGAGCUUCCUCUCCAAACAAGAUGCUGGAGCUGAACAGCUGGGCGACGAUGGCGGAGACAGUGACGCUGAAGAGGAGCACGAUCCCACAUCCCAACGCACCGUUUCUGUCGGCGCACUACAGACAUCACGAUUCCCCGCAAAUGCCGUCUCCAACGCCAAAUACACCCCUUGGAGCUUCCUGCCGCGUACUCUGUACAACGAGUUUUCUUUCUUCAUCAACAUGUAUUUCCUGCUUGUAGCGUUAUCGCAGAUCAUCAAGCCCCUCCGGCUCGGCUACCUUUCGACGUAUAUUGCGCCGCUUGCGUUCGUCAUUUCAAUCACACUAGGAAAAGAAGCACUGGACGACAUUGCGCGCCGGCGGAGAGACGCAGAAGCGAACUCGGAAGGCUACACGGUCUUGAAGUUUGAGGAAAACAGCAUGGGCACUGGUGUGGCGCCAGGGCAAGGCUCGAGCCGGAAGAAGAAGCUGAGCAAGAGCAAGAAGGAAAGUGGUCGGUUGGCUGAGAUCGAUGACGAGGAGCAACGGUUGUCGGCAAAGGGAUUGGCCACGUGCACAUACUUCGAAGUGGUCAAGCCGUCCAAGAAUCUGAAGGUUGGCGACGUCGUGAAGCUCGGUAAAGACCAAAGAGUACCCGCAGACAUGGUUGUGCUCAAGAGCCUUGCCGCCGACAACGCACCUGCGUCGACAGAUGCAACUCCCAGCAACGAACUGCCUAUGCUCAUCGAUGGCGAGGACCGAGUUUCACCUCAGGGUGGGCGGGCAACAGUCGAAAGCGCCAGUUCCACUGGGCCCUCCGGCGAAGCCUUCAUCCGUACAGAUCAACUCGAUGGUGAGACUGACUGGAAGCUGCGUCUGUCUUCGCCUUUGACGCAGAGUCUAAACGUUGGCGAGUACACCCGUCUUCGCGUUGUUGCAGGCAAGCCAGACAAGAAAGUAAACGAAUUCUACGGCGCGGUGGAGCUGCAGCCAAAACGCCAACGACAGUACGACCCCCACGAGGCCGAGCCGUCGUCAAGCGAGGAGGUACAGUCUGCACCACUCGGCAUUGACAACACCAUAUGGGCAAACACGGUAGUGGCCUCGAGCUGCAGUCUGCUUGCUGUUGUUGUUUACACCGGCCCUCAGACACGGCAGGCUCUGUCGACAUCGCCUUCGCGCUCGAAGACUGGUCUGUUGGAACUCGAGAUCAACGCGCUUACCAAGUGGUUGUGCGUCUUCACGCUCUCGCUGUCUUUCAUACUGGUAGCUCUGGCUGGAUUCAGGGAGAUCGAGGGCCGUGUAUGGUAUGUCAACAUGAUGCGCUUCUUGAUUCUCUUCUCCACGAUUGUACCCGUCGGUCUGCGUGUCAACCUAGACAUGGGCAAGUCGGUCUAUGCGUGGUUUAUCGAGCACGACGAAAGCAUCAAAGGAACGGUCGUCAGGACCAGCACGAUCCCAGAAGACCUCGGACGGAUCGAGUACUUGCUGAGUGACAAGACUGGUACUCUGACUCAGAACGAGAUGGCCAUGAAGAAAAUCCACGUUGGUACGGUGUCCUAUGCCAACGAAGCGAUGGACGAAGUUUCCGCGUAUGUCCGACAGUGCUUCACCCCUCCUGCUGGCGAAGAGCAUUCUCUCGUAACCCCCUCAUCAGCCUACACCGUACCCCUGACCUCAGCCACCCGCACACGCCGUGAAAUAGGUUCUCGAGUUCGCGACGUGGUGCUGGCUCUCGCUCUCUGUCAUAACGUCACGCCCACUACCGAAGAAGAGAAUGGAGAAAUGGUCACCACAUACCAGGCAUCGUCUCCUGAUGAGAUUGCCAUUGUCCGCUGGACUGAGGCCGUUGGCUUGAAACUCCUUCAGCGUGACCGGGAGUCGAUGACACUUGAGUCAGUCAACAGUGGCAAUACUGUUGUGCGAGUUCGUAUCCUCAACACGUUCCCUUUCACAUCCGAAGGCAAAAGGAUGGGCAUUGUGGUAAAGUUCUAUCAUGGUCCAGUAACAUCACCUUCGGAUGACGAGGGUGAGAUUUGGUUCUAUCAGAAAGGCGCCGACACUGUGAUGACUACCAUUGUCGCUGCCAAUGAUUGGCUCGACGAGGAGACGGCGAACAUGGCCAGAGAAGGACUCCGAACUCUUGUUGUGGGUCGCAAGAAGCUCUCAGCUCAGACCUACCAAGACUUCUCUAGCAAACUCGCGCAAGCUUCGCUAGCCCUGCAAAAUCGCGACGCAGGUGUAGCAGACGUGGUGAGCGAGUAUCUUGAGCGCGAUCUCGAACUCCUUGGCGUCACCGGUGUCGAAGACAAGCUACAAAAAGACGUCAAGCCCUCCCUGGAACUCCUCCGCAACGCCGGCAUCAAGAUUUGGAUGUUGACCGGUGACAAAGUGGAAACCGCCCGCUGCGUAGCCGUAAGCUCCAAACUCGUUGCACGAGGGCAAUACAUCCACACCAUACAAAAGAUGAAGCGCAAAGAGCUCGCGCACUCCUCCCUCGACUUCCUCCGGGGCAAAACCGACGCCUGCCUACUCAUCGACGGCGAAUCCCUCGCGCUCAUGCUAACCCACUACCGCCAAGAAUUCAUCUCCAUCGCCGUCCAGCUGCCCACCGUCGUCGCGUGCCGCUGCUCGCCGACCCAAAAAGCAGAUGUCGCGCGCCUCAUACGCUCGUAUACCAAGAAACGCGUGUGCUGCAUCGGCGACGGCGGAAACGACGUCUCCAUGAUCCAAGCUGCGGACGUCGGCGUCGGUAUCGUCGGAAAAGAAGGACGGCAAGCCUCUCUCGCUGCUGAUUUCAGCAUUGAGCAGUUCUGCUACCUCGUCAAACUGCUUGUUUGGCACGGCAGAAACUCAUACAAGCGAUCUGCUAAACUCUCCCAAUUCGUCAUUCACCGCGGUCUCAUCAUCAGUAUCUGCCAGACCGUAUACUCCAUAGCAACGGCCUUCGAGCCCAACGCGCUGUACAAAGACUGGCUGCUCGUCGGCUACAGCACCGUGUACACCAUGGCGCCCGUGUUCUCGCUGGUCCUGGAUCGCGACGUCGAUGAGAGCGUCGCCAACUUGUACCCAGAACUUUACGCCGAGCUCAAAACAGGACGCAGUCUGAGUUAUAAGAGCUUUUUCAUCUGGGUCGCAGUUUCCAUCUACCAAGGCUCCAUGAUCCAAGGCCUUUCGCAGCUUCUCGUCGGCGUCGGCGCAGACUCAACCACCACUUUCGCCCGCAUGGUAUCCGUUUCUUUCACCGUCCUCGUGCUCAACGAGCUGAUCAUGGUCGCCAUGGAGGUCACGACGUGGCAUUGGAUUAUGAUCGCCAGCAUCAUCGGCACAGGAGGCAUUUACUUCGGCAGCAUACCUUUCCUGGGCGGUGGCGGUACGCAGGCUGGUGGAUACUUCGAUUUGGGCUACGUGGCGAGUUUGGAUUUCUGGUGGAAGGGCGCGGUUAUUGCGGCGAUUAGUUUGUUGCCCCCGUAUGCGAUUAAGAUUGUGGGGAGAACAUUGAAGCCGCCGAGUUAUAGGAAGGUGCAGGGUAUCUAGAGUGGUGGUUUGGGUGUGGGGGUGUUGCGUAGCGUGUCAAUUGCAUUACUUGUUCAGCAAAAUCGGCCUCCGAUUCUCUAUCUGCACUGCGACCUCGAGAUAUUGUGUCGCAGUACGGUGAGCUCAGUACAGUGAGGUGGAGUAUAAACGGACUGAUAUCGUACUCCUUGAAACGAUGACAGUAACACGACAGUUUCACACUCAACCCUCCCUGUCCUCAUACUAUAUAAACACGCAGCCUAGUUCAGUUCCACUUCAGUGAACCUCAAUAUCCAUUGCCCAAUACCUAAUGUACCCAG